UGACAGCUCACAUUUUAUGUCCCGUAUAAUGAAGAUGGGGUCGAUCAUUGGAUGAUAUAUCAUGACCCAUCUCCCUGGAUAACGGCAACAGGGACUAAUUUCAACUUUAAUUUGCUGCAAGAACAUUAAUUUAGUAAAUAAAUAGUCUCUGCGAGUGGCGAUGAGUGAUGUCACUGUAGUUUUAUGUACUACUCCGUACCUUCAUCGUAUAUACCUACAUCAUAUAUUUUUAUCAGCCUCUCCUAUACUCCGCAUUGCAUACCGGAGUACCACCACAUGCAUACUACUGUACAUACUCCCCGGAGUACACCCAUACGUACGGGGUACCACACACCGCGGUAAAAGGGUUGGUUUUGCAUACAUACAUACAUAGAACCAACUAGUAGAUAGUGGGCACUGGCCACGUUGACCUUUUAGUACUCCUACGGAGUAUUUUGCCGGGCUUCUCCGGGCCUCACAUUGGGUUUAAUUUCCACCACUGCUAAUACUUGGUAAGUACUGCUUAAAAGCAAGUCUUGCGAAUAUGCAUGCAGAUUGCUUCCGAAAAAGGAAAGGGCCUCGUCAAAGUUAGCCGCGAAGAACGCGAAGUCAACUGGUGAUAAUUUCGAGCAUGGUAUCAAGAUCAUCCAAACCGAGAGGGCAUAUUUUUCCGAUCACAGAUUGCCUUCAC